AUUCAACUCUAUAUGAUUAUCAAUGGCAGAAAGAUACUCAACUGCCCCUUUGUGAUUGUAGACCUCAGAUCUCAAGACUGUAUCAUUGGUAUCAAAUGGUUGAAGUGCUUCAAACUCAAGCUUGAUACGGAUUGUUCUUGGCUUAUCUGGUCAGACAAGUACCCUGUUACAUACAAUCCUGCCGCACCUAUUCUCAUGACGCUGAAUCAACCCAUCCACUCUGACAAUGUUGCCCUGGACAUCAAGCGUUGCAACAAGCUAUCGGAACAGGAGGACUAUUGGGAUUGUAACAGCCCAUCCCAGACUAUCAAUAGGAUUUGUGGACUGAUUUGUGCUCCUAAGUUUUGGAAGGUACCUUUUGUAAUGGAGGUUGCAAAGCCUACACCAGAAACCUUCCAAUCUGCAUCCAAAACACCUCUAACACAACCUACUUUCCAAAUUGCUCUUCUUUCCGCAAAUGCUUUUCACUUUAAAAUAAAACAGAAACAAAACGAGUUCUUCAUCACCAGCAUGUAUGAAAUUGAGCAAGUGCUGGAGGAGACCUACUGGAUGACCCCAAAAAUGCCCAUCUGGUCCAAGAACGUUUACUACCCUGUUACCACCACUAUUGGGAUGUAUUCAGUAAGACAGCAGCUGAGGAGCUCCUGGAGCAUUGACCAUACAAUCAUAAGAUUAUCCUGGAGGAACCGCUACCCAACAGCUACAGUCCACUGUACAAGCAGAACGUGGAGGAGUUAG